AUGCUCGGUCGGGGCCGGCUGUGAGGGCUGCUCCUGUGGCCGCGGCCCUCAACCCGGCAGAGCGUCUUCUUCCCGGCCAUUCGAAGGCGUGCAGCACGUCUCUGGUUGAUAGGCUGCGUAUUUUUCGCUGUGGUCAUCAAAUAAAAUUGUUAGAAAUGUAUCGUGCGGCUUCACUAUUAAGAACUCCUGUAGCCCGCCAGGCUUCACUCCAGUUUCGGGCAAGAUUUUAUGCAAAAGAUGUAAAGUUUGGCUCAGAGGUGCGAGCCCUCAUGUUACAGGGCGUGGAUGUCCUCACUGAUGCUGUAGCAGUUACCAUGGGCCCUAAGGGACGUAAUGUAAUUAUUGAGCAGAGCUGGGGCAGCCCCAAGAUAACCAAAGAUGGAGUGACUGUUGCCAAAGCUAUUGAAUUGAAGGACAAGUUCCAGAACAUUGGAGCAAAGCUUGUACAAGAUGUAGCAAACAAUACCAAUGAAGAAGCAGGAGAUGGCACGACAACUGCCACGGUGUUAGCUCGCACCAUUGCCAAGGAAGGCUUUGAUAGAAUUAGCAAAGGUGCCAAUCCAAUUGAGAUUCGGCGUGGGGUUAUGGUGGCUGUUGAUGCUGUUGUUGACCAUCUCAAAGGUCUUUCCCAGCAAGUGACCACACCAGCAGAGAUUGCGCAGGUUGCCACAAUAUCUGCUAAUGGGGACCAGAAUGUUGGCGAACUGAUAUCUGCUGCAAUGGAGAAAGUUGGCCGUGGUGGAGUAAUAACUGUGAAGGAUGGCAAGACCUUGAAAGAUGAACUUGAGGUGAUUGAAGGCAUGAGGUUUGAUCGUGGAUAUAUAUCGCCCUAUUUUAUCAACACCAGCAAGGGGGCUAAGGUUGAAUUUCAAGAUGCCCUUGUGCUUCUCUCAGAGAAGAAAAUCUCAUCAAUCCAGUCAAUCAUCCCAGCUCUAGAACUUUCCAAUGCACAGCGGAAGCCUCUCUUGAUCAUUGCUGAAGAUAUUGAUGGGGAAGCACUAAGCACACUUGUUGUGAAUCGGCUGAAGAUUGGUUUACAAAUUGCUGCUGUUAAGGCCCCUGGUUUUGGCGACAACCGUAAGAACACGCUGCAAGACAUUGCCAUUUCCACAGGUGCUAUUGUAUUCAACGACGAAGCAAGUAUGGUGAAGAUUGAAGAUGUGCAACUACAUGAUCUUGGUGUGGUUGGAGAGGUGCAGAUCACAAAGGAUGACACCCUCCUCUUGAAAGGCAAAGGCCAGUCAUCUGAUAUUGAAAGGCGUAUUGAUCAAAUUAGGGAGCAGAUAGAAGAGAGUAGCUCUGAAUAUGAAAAGGAAAAGAUGCAAGAAAGAAUGGCCCGAUUGUCUAAAGGUGUUGCUGUAAUCAAGGUUGGUGGAUCUUCAGAGGUCGAAGUUAAUGAGAAGAAAGACCGUGUCAAUGAUGCUCUUUGUGCAACUAGAGCUGCUAUUGAGGAAGGUAUUGUCCCUGGAGGAGGAGUUGCUCUGAUUCGUUGCCUGCCUGCACUGGAUCAACUGACGCCUGCUAAUAAGGACCAGGAAAUGGGAAUCGAUAUUGUACGUAAGGCCAUACAGACACCGUGUUAUACCAUUGCUAAAAAUGCUGGUGUAGAUGCUUCAGUGAUUGUCAACAAAGUGAUGGAAGGUUCUGGUGAUUUUGGAUAUGAUGCUGCCACUGGGAUCUUCACCAAACUCAUUGAGUCUGGCAUUAUUGAUCCAACAAAGGUUGUACGAACAGCCCUCACAGAUGCUGCCGGUGUGGCUUCACUUCUCACCACAGCCGAGUCCGUUAUAACAGAGAUCCCUAAAGAAGAGCCAGCGGGUGGCAUGGGAGGAAUGGGCGGCAUGGGAGGAAUGGGAGGUAUGGGCGGGAUGGGAGGAAUGGGUGGGAUGAUGUAAGAAUAAGUAGAUCUAGGUAUUAAGAUUACAGACCCGAAGAUUAUUUGUUAAAUUCAACACAGACAAGAAUUCCAAUAAGAGUAAAAUUGGUGUUUUAACACUAAUGAUUUGGUUCUUAGAUCCAAAGACAUGGGCAUAUUAAGGGCAUCAAAUUGUUGAUAUAAUAGAAUAUUUUGCAUGAAAGUGCUUUCUUCUGUUGCACAAGGUCUAUGAAUAUCAUUCCAAGACUAUUCUUCAUUUUGAAUGAAAUACAUAGUUCAUUUUCAUGUCAUCCUCACAUCAUAGUAUGAAUAUGUGUUAUAAUUCAUAUAAAGUAAUAGACUUAACGUUGUUGAAUGUUUGUACAAAGUGUAGAUAAGAAGUAAAUGUAGAUAAUUUUGUUAUCCUUGGAAACAUUGUUUAUAAAAUCCCUAAAAUAAAUGUCAGAUUUUU